AUGAGGCUCGCGGAUCUAGCAAUUGAUCUAGCCGCGGUGCUGAGCGCCUCGCGCUCCGUCGCCACCAAGCAUGUUGCCCUCCGCGGACGCCAGCUGCAGCGAUACCGAGGUGGCACUGCGACGGCCGUCGUCGAUCUGAAGAACAAGGCCGAGGCCGCCGGCGCAGAAGCCUCCAAGCAUCUCAACGCCGAGCUUAAAUCGAUCAAAGCCAACAUUGCCGGAUCCGAUACCAACGCGCCGAGGACAGAACCACCACCGGCGGCAGCCCCGCCACCUGCUCCGGAGCCGACGACGGAGAGCAGAUAUGCACAAGCGUCGCGCGAGUUUAAUGCUGCCGCGAGGCCCAAUGUCGAGGAUCUAGGCCUCCCUAGCGACGUCGAUGUCAAUAUAUUCCACACAACACGGGGUUCUCAGAUUCUGGACUCGGUGCGCAAGCAACGCCACCAGCAGGCCGCUGCUUCGGCUUGCGGUCCGGCCAAGGAGCACCCGUUACGGCACUGGGGAAGCUCCCCUCCUCUUCCCCGGGAGCCAAUCGUCGUUAGAACAGAAGCUCCGCCAACCAAUGAGACUACUGAACCGCUACAGGAGCCUAGACCAGUUGUUGAACCGGAAGUAGCGGCAGCACAGGCACCAGAGCAGCCCAUCAGCGAGGCCUCCGCAGAGCCUGUCCAGGACGGCGGCGACGCGAGGCCGGCCUACCAGCUCAGGGAGUCCAGCGUUCCCUCGACGCGCAUAAGCCGCUUGUGGAACUACGGCGGCCUCGCCGCCGGCCUGUUCGGCGGCGCCGUAUCGGAGAGCGUGAGCCGGGCCUUUGGUGGCGGCGGGCAGGGCAGCGUGCUGCUCAGCGGCGGCAACCUGGAGCGGCUCGUGUCCAAGCUGUCGCGCAUGCGCGGCGCGGCGCUCAAGCUCGGGCAGAUGAUGAGCUUCCAGGACUCCAAGAUGCUGCCCGCGCCGCUGCAGGAGGUCCUGCAGCGCGUGCAGGACCGCGCCGACUACAUGCCCGCGUGGCAGCGCGACCGCGUCCUCCGCGACAACCUGGGCGCCGACUGGCGCGAGCUCUUCUCCGAGUUCGAGGAGACGCCCAUCGCGGCGGCGUCCAUCGGGCAGGUGCACAAGGCGCGGCUCAAGUCCAACGGGCGCCGCGUUGCCGUCAAGGUCCAGUUCCCCGGCGUGGCCGACUCGAUCAACUCGGACCUCGACAACCUCAGCGUGCUGCUGACCGCCACUAAGCUGCUCCCACGCGGCCUAUACCUUAACAAGACCAUCGACAACGCCCGGCUGGAGCUUGGCUGGGAGUGCGACUACGAGCGCGAGGCGGCGUGCGCCACGCGCUACCGCGAGCUGCUGGCCGGCGAGGAGGCCAUCUUCGAGGCGCCAGCGGUGUACCCGGAGGCGUCCGGCCGGCACGUGCUGACCAUGGACUUCCUCGACGGCGUGGGCGUCACGCGCGGCGCCGGCUCCUUCUCGCAGGCGCAGCGCGACUGGAUCGGCACGCAGCUGCUGCGGCUCUGCCUGCGCGAGAUCACCGAGUUCCGCUUCAUGCAGACGGACCCCAACUGGACCAACUUCCUGUACAACGCCGCCAGCGGGCGCCUCGAGCUGCUCGACUUUGGCGCGUCGCGCGAGUUCCCCGAGGCGUUCGUGCGGCUGUACGUGCGGCUGCUGGCAGCCGCGUCGCGGUCGGACCGCGAGGCCGUCCGCGGCCUCUCCGAGGAGCUCGGCUACCUGACGGGACACGAGAGCCGCGCCAUGGUCGACGCGCACGUGCGGUCGGUGCUGACGCUCGCGGAGCCGUUCCUGGCGUCCGCGCCGGACGUCUACGACUUCCACGACCAGACCAUCACGGAGCGCGUCAAGGCGCUCAUCCCCGUCAUGCUCCAGGAGCGCCUGGCGCCGCCGCCCGAGGAGACGUACAGCCUGCACCGCAAGCUGAGCGGCGCGUUCCUGCUUUGCGCGAAGCUCGGCAGCAAGGUACGGUGCCGCGAGAUGUUUGAAAUGGCCGUGGCAAAGUCUGGCUACGUCGAGUAA